AUGGCUGCCACGUCCAACUACGCUGAACAUUUCAGUCCAGAGAACUUAAAAAGAUGGCCCCAGCCCGAGUCCGUGCCGCUCAUGGAGGUAUUAGCUAGAGAAGACAUUGAUGAAGCUGUACAUGCAAUAUUAUUUCGAGAAAAUUAUGUUGUGAAGGCUCCAGUCCCUCCGUUUUGUGGUCCUCUGCUGCGAAGACAGCAAAAGGCAGAGGAAGAGGUCAGAGCCAGCCGUCGAUAUGAGACAGGAAAACAAUACUUCGCCAAAGAGCUCAAGGAAACCAAGGACAGACUGCACGCCAAAUGGCCCCCGUUCAUUUUCACUCUGCAAAACGUGAUUCCGAAAGAGUCUCAAAAAGCCUCUGGGGUACCCAGGAAAAGUAAGGCAUUCAGGUUUUAGGGACCCGACAGCAGAGACCCCGCUCCUGGGCGGCUGGGGAUCAUGAACAGAGAUGGGGGCCACAGCCCG